AUGGCUUUCAGCAGGACAGAGGUCGAGAAAGUGAAGAAGGUCGAGAAGUUCGACCCAGUCAAAAGAAUGGGAAUGGAGCCGCCUGAACUGGAUCCUAAGAUACCAUUUAUAGGUCAUCUAAUAGGUAUGCUGAGGUGGCAAGUUGGAUACAUGCAGAUGUUAAGCUGUAAAUGUCCAACAUGGCCCGCCUUUACAUUAAGAAUAUUCUCGGCGCGGGUAUAUGUCAUUUGCGACCCUUCUUUAAUACAGGCCGCAUACCGUAAUGCAAAGACCUUCGACUUCGGUUCCUUCGUCGUCGAAUCGUCGGAGAAACUAUUUAACAUAAGCCAGCAAGGAAUGAAAAUAAUACGCGGAGAAACCGCACCAGGAUACGAUCCCAAUGGGCCGUUAUUGAACGGCAACCGGGGCAAGUCUUUUCUCAACGAAGACCAUAGAAUCAUGAUGGACUCUCUAUCGCCAGGAACAUGUUUGAAAGAGUUGAGUUCCAAAGUUUUGGACGGAGUCGCAGGAUCACUUAAUGAGGUUAAUGAUGACGGAGAGGUAUUUGGGCUUUACAGGUGGAUGAGGGACACCAUUACAGAAGCUUCUGCGGAUGCCAUCUAUGGGCCAAUGAAUCCGUUUACUGGCAACCCAGAGCUUAUAGAUGAUCUCUGGCACUUUGAGCGAGACGUGGCCCUUCUCAUGCUACAAUUCCUGCCAACAUUUAUAGCUCCAAAAGCGUACCAAGCGCGCAUAGCAAUCAAAAAGGCAUUUGCGUCCUACUACGCGAACGGGUAUGAUAAACAAGCCAGUGGCUUGAUUCAGUUACAUUUGGCAUCGUGUAAGAGAUGGGGUUUCAGCGAUGACGACAUUGCCAAUUUUGAGGUCUCGACACUCUUUCUGGCAACCACCAAUACCGUUUCCACCUCUUUCUGGCAACUAUCCUACAUUUUAGACGACUCUGAACUUCAUACCGCCAUUCGAUCCGAACUCACUAAGGUUGUCCGCCGCCAAAAGUCGUGCCGGACUGGCGAAGAACGCGCUAUUCUAGACGCGACACUACUCCAAUCACACUGCCCACUACUCCUUUCUUCAUUCCACGAAACUCUCCGACUUGUAGGAGCAGCGACAUCAGUCCGAUCUGUAGUCGAGCCAGCCACGUUAGCAUCCGCAGCAACAAACACCUCAUUCGCCCUCCAAUCCCCAGCAGUAAUUCAACUCCCCUCAGGAAUCACCCACACAAACCCAGCGAUCUGGGGAUCCGAUGCCAACGUCUUCAACCCCGCGCGUUUCUUACCAUCUACCAAAGCCGCUCUCGACAAAGACACCAAGCGCAAACAAGCACAAGGCUAUUUCCCGUUUGGUGGAGGCAAACAUCUCUGUCCUGGCCGACACUUCGCAACCACGGAGAUUCUGUCCUUUGUUGGCGCUAUUAUUCUCGGUUUCGACGUCUCUGGCUCGAGGGUGCCUGAGAGGGCAUUUCAGAAACUUGGAACGGCGGUGAGGAAACCAAAGGGGGAUGUGGAUAUUAGUAUGAAGCGACGCAGGGGGUGGGAGAAUGUCAAAUGGAGUUUUUCGGUUGAGGGAAGGGGAGGUGAGGAGGAAGUCAAAAACUUAGUAGUGGGGGGUGAGGAACUUGGUGAUGAGUGA